GGACAACUUUAUUGAAUUUUGUUUCCCUCUGCUUCAAGUUUGAAACGUGUAAUAUCAACAACAACAAAAUUCACCCAAAAAAACAAUUUCUCUUUUUUUACCAGUUCAACGUGAUUCCAUGUGUAAUGUGUCUACCUGAAAAUACAUUCCACAAAUUCAAUCGACCAGAAUCCAAAUGUUAGUGGCUGUAAUCCAAGAAACCUUCAGAAUACAGAUGAUAUAUGAUAUAAUGUGUAAAUAUUCAUUAAAAUAUUUCACUCUACUGAUCUACUUCUGUGUAUUUCUAAAUAUCCCUUUAACGAAAUCUGUUCAAAUCAAUGAACCAAAUGUAUUCUAUGUUAAUGAUGAUACAAAUGAAGGUCAGAGAAUCGGUCGGAUAACACAUUUCAAUGGGAAUCAACAUGUCAAUUUAAAAUCAGGUCAUUUAAAAGCAGUCAUAGUUCGAGCAAAUCGACCACCAGCAGCCUAUUUCAGACUGAAUGAGAACACGGGAGAUUUGUAUACACGAACUGUUAUCGAUCGUGAAUCAUUGUGCCUGAAAACAUAUCAGAACGAUGAACGUCCUAAUUCACUGGGAAGAAAUUUAAACAUUGACUUUUCUGAUUCAAAUUAUCAAUCAGGAGCAUUUUUGUCAAAUUCAAAAAUUGUCAAUCAGUGUAAAUUUACUUUUCAAGUAGCUCUGCAUCGUCAAGCAUCUCAACAACAACAACAGGAAACACAAGAGUACCAGUCUAAUGACCCUGGACUUCAUCAUUUACCAGAGUUUAUUGAUAUCCAUGUCUUUGUAAUUGACCGUAACGAUCAUAUCCCUACAUUUCAACCACAUUCCGUUAUUAACUUAUCAAUUCCAGAAUCUGUACCCAUAGGGACACGUGUUCAACUGCCGUUAGCCUAUGAUCCAGACUCACCAGAGUUCAGUGUACAAAGAUAUGAGUUGUAUCCUUUGGAAUCGACAGAUUUCAGCUUACACAUUCAAACGACAGAUGUGAUACAUAAUGCAAAUUUAAUACAAGAGAUAACUGGAUUAUUUUUAGAAUUGAAGACAACACUUGACAGAGAAACAAGAGAAAGUUAUGCACUUGAAGUGAAAGCAUUCGAUUCACCAUCAACGACAUCAUCAUCAUCCGCUUCUUCCCCUUCAUCCCCUACAAUGAAUACAUUCAUACCUCGUCUAACCGACAAUCGUAAUGUACUGAAAAUAUUUCUAACUAUUGAAGACAUCAAUGAUAAUGGUCCAAUUUUUCAACCACAAAAUUCUUCAACACAACUGGACUCACACAAUGAUGCAAUCAUCAGAACUAUUCCAUCAUCAUCGUCAACAUCAACAUCAAUGCUCCCAGCAGGUAUAAUAACUUACAAAGUUGAUAUUAUUGAAUCAACUUGGCCAAAAUCAUCAGUUUUACAGCUGAUAACAAAAGAUUUAGACAGUUCAAAGUAUUCUUUAACUAGAUAUGAAUUUUCAUCAAAUGUUGAAGGGAUUAUUAAACAAUUGUUUAAAUUAAAUGAACAUUCCGGUGAAUUAUUUCUAAGGCAACCAUUAGACUAUGAAAAACGUACUAGUUAUUCAUUUGAUGUAUUAGCUAUAGAUAGUGAAUAUGAUCGUCGUAGUAAAAUGGAAAGCAUUGGUAGUAGUAGUAGUAGUCUCCAUUUAGUCAGUUCAAGAUUACAACAGAAUAUAUUUACAUCGACAGCUAAUAUUCUAGUGAAUGUUAUAGAUAUUAAUGAUGAAGUACCAAUUAUUGAAGUGGAUUAUCUACGCGUUGAUGAAACCACUGGGAGACCAGCAACAUUUGCACGUAUUGAAGAGAACAGUGAUCCACCACAGUUUAUAGCGGAUAUUUUAGUUACAGAUAGAGAUGUGAAUGCAGCUAAUAGUCAUGUGGUAUGUACAUUAAUGAAUAAAGCGAACAAGUAUCCGAGUAAUCAUCAUAAUAAUAAUGACAAUAAAACUAAUUCAAUUACAAAUUCAUUUCAACUUUCUGAAGUUAGACGUCAACCUGGCUUAGUUCAGUAUAAUGUGUUAACAGUACGUAGCUUAGACAGAGAAGUGAAUGGAGCAAUAACACGGAUUAAAAUUCAAUGUUCAGACUCUGGUGAAGUGAAAAAGAUUUCUGAAGCUGAUUUAAUUAUUCAUAUAUUAGAUUUAAAUGAUAACUCACCGGCAAUUCAUCUGAUCCCACAACAAACAAGUGGAUCUAAUAAUAAUAAUAAUGGGGAGAAUAUUGUAUUUCUUAGAGAAAAUGCACCAAUCGGUACAACUGUUGCACAAUUUAAUGUAACUGAUCAAGACUCUGGUGAGAAUAGUAGAACUAGUUGUACACUGUUAACAAUGAAUGAUCCUGUUCUAUUAAAUUUAAAUGAUUAUUUUCAUGUAGAUCCAGUAUUGUGUAAUUUAAUGACACGUAAACCAAUCGAUCGUGAAUCCAGCUAUCCACCAAUAGAUGAAAUUGACCUGAGCAUUGAAGUGAAAGAUCAUGGUCAACCGGUACGUAAAUCAUCGUCGAUAAGCCUUAAAGUGAAAGUUAUCAAUGAGAAUGACAAUAUUCCAGUAUUUCAGAACACAUUUUAUCGUUUCUCUGUUAAAGAGAAUUCACCUAUUGGCAUGAGUGUUGGUCAGAUAGUGAUUACUGAUCUGGACGGUGAUUAUGCACGAUUAGAUGUUCGACUACAAAAACAAGAACAACUGCCAUUUAAACUAUGGAAAUCAGAAACCUCUUAUGGGUAUAUUUCCAUGGAUCAAUCUGAAGCUCAAGUUGUAGUCUAUUAUCUGAAUACAACACGAAUAUUGGAUCGUGAAGAGAAAUCGAGUUAUGAAUUUGAAAUUUAUGCAAAUGAUGUCAGCGAAGAUGGACUGCUGGGUCAACACAGACUACUGUCAGUGAAAAGUUUCAGUCAUACAACAAGUGCAACAAUUCUAGUGACAGUUGAAGAUGAAAAUGAUAACGAUCCUGUGAUUAUAUUUCCUCAACAACCGAAUAAAACAUUUAUUCUUUCUAAUGCGGAAAAGAAAUACUAUCAGUUGAUGACUGUGAAUGCCAAUGACAAAGAUCCUACAUCCAAUUCGUUCACAUUUAUGUUAGAAAAUGAAGAAGAAGAUUUUCUCAAAUCCAAUGAUAAUUCUAAAGGUAUUGAAACUGACGAAACUGAUACAAAACUGUUGAAGUCAACAGAGUUAAACACCAACCCUAAAUAUCCAGUAUCCAGUUCAUUUUUAGAGAUUGAUCGAAGUGUAGGGACAGUUUAUUUAAGUAGAGAUAUUCAUCAAAAUGACACAGGAACUCAUGCAUUCCGUGUAAUUGUACAUGAUAGUAUAAUCAAUCCACGUACAGCUUCACUCAGGUUUAUUGUUAAAAUCGAACCAGUUCCACCGAGGUCACAUCAAAUGAAAUUGAACAGUUUACACGAUAAUGAUCAUGCUGACCGUCGAUUACUUUCAGGCGAGAGUUCUGAAUUCAGUGAACAUAACUACGCCUUCAACAAUCAUUAUUCCAAGCUGUCCGGUAGUCAAGAUUUUUUGAUUCAUAGAAAGUAUGACAAUAUGCGGACAACUUUUGAUAAUCAUUCCACCAUGCCUUUCGCAUCAUCUUCACCAGGAAUUUCAUCAUCAUCAUCAUCAUCGAAACAGUUGACACGUCGUUUAACAGGUGACACAGUAUUAAUCCUUUCGUUAGGUUUGAUUUUGUUAAUCCUUUUAGCAACUUUGUGUCUGGUGAUUUUUGCACGUCAUUGGUCAUCAGGUGCGUCAAGUGUCCCACAGAAUUCCAAUGCGUCAGAUAAAAUUAGAUGCGCCGAAAUAUUUUGUUGUAAUCCGACUAGUGGUAGUAGAAGUAUUAAUGGUAACAACAAACAUCAAGUGACAAAUAAUGAAACCUUGAAAAAAGAAGUCAUCAAUAUCUUUCAUUCACCGGCUCCAACAAAUUUACAAGACCCACAACAGAUCAAUUUAAACUGUGAUACAUUACGAUCUAUGGAUACAUUUAAUGCUAGUCUAAGUGAUUCAUAUAGUCAAAAAAUGUUAGACAGUGAACAUAUUUAUUAUCGUGAUUGUAGACAAUUUUCUCUUCUACCUGUGAUAACAAGUCCAGUUGGUGGAGACAAUGGAUCAUUCCCUACGGAUUAUACAGCCUUAAGAGCUGUAACAUCCUGUAAGUGUUGUACACCACCUCCAACAGGAUAUACUUAUAAUAAUAAUACAGACAGUGGAAAUCCACAUUCCCUAGAAUCUUUCACAAAUGAAUCUUUAAAAAGUAGUAAGCAACAGACAAAUCAUAUUCCCAAUGGUUCUACUGUCACGUAUUAUACAACUUUAACGCCAAGACCAAGAUCUGAAAAUACAACAACGGAUAAACGUAAAGUUCGUAUUAUGACAGUUAAAGAGAAUAUGGAGAUGGAACCGGAAAAAAACUUUGCCAAUGAUUAUUCAGUAACAUGACAGGAAACUUAAUCAAUAAUUGGUUGACUUUAAUAAAGUGCAAUAACCUCAUGCGAUUUUGUGAAAAUUUCAAAUGGUUCAACUUUUCAACUGAACAGUCAGAAAAAUGUUUAAAAAAACAAAACAGAAAAAAGAUGAAAGAUACAUACACAAGUUAAUUGACCGCAAUAUGUACAAAUUAGACCAAGAGGAUAAUCAUCAUAUUUUGUCUGUUAUGUUGUUUAUUUGUCUCUUCCCGCAUUUCCAGUCAAUUUGAAAUCCCAUUUUAUUUCAAUGUGUUUUUUUUUGAUUUUCAAUGUCCAAUUGUUCAUAUGUUUUGUUUUUUUUUCAAGCGAAAACCGAAAUGUUAAUGAAUAGUUAUCAU